AUGUUAUUCUCUUCUGUCGUCAUCAACAGCAUCCAUCCCCCCCCCGCUACCCGAGCAUUGUUUGUGAGUGCGUUUCCGCCUUAUGCACCUUCCCUUUUCGCUUCGUCGUUGGCUUAUGAGCAGAAAAGAGCUUUUUCCUUCUAUCUGGGACCUUAUUCUCCCCCCACCCCUUGCUCUUUCUUUCAGUCUUUCAUUUUCUCUCAAAUCUUUUUUUUAAUUAUCUAUAUCUUUCUCUACUCCCAGAAUUUCUUCUUCUUCUUCUUCUUCUUCUUCUUCUUCUUCUUCUUCUUCUUCUUCUUCUUCUUCUUCUUUAAAUUCCUAAUCACCUCUCUUCUUUUUCUCUUUCAUUUUCUUCUUUUUUAUUUCUCCUUCCUUUCUCUUUCCUUUGUUCCUUUUUUAAUAUAUUUUCUUUUUAUUCUCUCUACUUCUUACAUCCGCCUCGUUAGGCGCAGAAAGCAAUUAAAUACUGCGCUGCAACGGAGAGCGAACAAUUAUCGGAAUGCUGUAUGCACCCCCUUUCUUUCUUUCUUUCUUUCUUUCUUUCUUUCUUUCUUUCUUUCUUUCUUUCUUUUCUCGCUCUGUAUAGCCUCUCCACUUGCCGAUGCGGCAUGA